AGGUGACCCCGAGCCUUCCCUUAGUUAUGCUGCUAUAGUCUUGGGCUGCUGGGGGGCAGCAGCUUAAUAAAGCUGAUUCUCUACUAUGAUAGGAUUUAAAGCCAGGCUGAGCCGUAGGCAAGGAACCGAGGAGCAGACAUGUUUAGACAGGUCAGGAAGGCCUUACGCCUUACUGCCCUGCCACCCCUCCUUCCCCAUCUCUAUCACUCUCCAGCCUUGAAAAAGCCCAGGAAAGCUGGGAUUGGCUUCUGCCCAACCAACCCCCACCCCCCGGGACAGAUAAUGGAUGGACAUGUGUGUGUGGGUGGGUGUGGUGUGUGAGUGUACAUGUAUGUACCUGCAGUCAAAUGCAUUUAUCAAAUACACCUCCAGCCCUCCCAUGACCUCAUUCAGGAAUAAGUGGUAUAGAUAAUGGAUGGAUUUGCCCUGGGAUACCCAAACUUCUGCAUACAACUGUAUAUACAAACCUGAUCUCAUCCUUAUUUCUAAAACCUUCUAAAGAAGGGUUUCAUUCUGUACCACCACUGUAAGAUACACUGAACCUCACAAACAAAUCUGUAAGGGAUUAUUUCUGACAUUACUUUCAUAAUGCUUUUGUUUUAGAUUGCUGUGAAUGACAAGCCUUUAAGUCCUGCAUACCAGACUGGUGACUUUCGUAUAACCACCACCGUAUAUUUCAUGGGAACACCCAGGGACAGUGCGGCACAUGUGACAAUAACCGGACGGAUGACUGCAUGUUACCAAGUGGCAAAAUUGAUCCUUCUUGUCCUAAUAUGGCACACGAAUGGCACACCAACGACAGUUACUGUGAAUAUCCAGUUCCCCCGACACCGCUCCCUAGUCCUAAUACCUGCAAUACAACCAUCUGUGAGAUCAUUAAGAGCAGUGUGUUUGACGCUUGCCAUAAGAUCCUUGACUACACUCCAUUUGUUGUGGCCUGUGAGUUUGAUGUGUGCCACAUGAAUACUAGCAUUGGCUGUACCAGUUUACAAACCUACGCUGCUGCCUGUGCUGAGGUUGGAGUAUGUAUUGACUGGAGGAGUGCCACCAAAGGACUCUGUGAAUAUAAAUGUCCAAGUCCCAAAGUGUAUCACGCAUGUGGCCCCCUGGUAGAGCACACCUGUGAUUGCUGGUACAACCAGAAAUUCAUUUAUACUGUUAAUGAGUUCAGUGCCAUGUCAGAUAUGAUGCUGGAGGGUUGCUACUGCCCAAAUGGCACCUUCCUCCUCUCUUCCAGCUCAAAAGAAUGUCUUCCCAGCUGUGAGGUUUGUCGAAUGGCAAAUGGAAAAUGGGCUAAGGCCAAUGCAACAUGGACAGAAGGCUGUGAGGAAUGUAUAUGUGAAGAGGACACACUGCAGGUCACCUGCCGUCAUGUGUCCUGUCCAACAUUCCCACCGCUCACUUGUGACCAAGAGGGUCAGAUCAAGGUCAAUGACACUGUUAACUGCUGUCAAAGGGAGAAGUGUGAUUGUGAUGUGAACUCGUGCUCUCCUUUUGUUCCAUCCUGCGCUGUUGGUUUUAGUCUAACCACUACGAUGGGAGUCUGCUGUUUGAAAUACUCCUGUGUGCCAAAAAUGGACAUUUGUGUUUUAAACAACCACGAAUAUCAGGUUGGAGAUCUGGUGCCCAUGCAACCAUGUGAUAAGUGCACCUGUAGUAGAAAAAGAGAUGCCAGCAGCCAUCUGCCUGUGAUAGAAUGUCAGCCUAUACCAUGUGACACGAACUGCAGACUGGGUUAUGAGUACCAGAUCAUCUCUGGCCAGUGCUGUGGGACGUGUGUUCCGACAAGCUGCAUUAUCUCACAGUCGAACAACUCCACACACAUAUUAAAGCCUGGAUUCAUUUGGGCUCCUACUGGGAAUCCGUGUGUGAAGUUUGAAUGUGUGAAGAUUGCUAAUCAGUUCGUCACCAUUGAGGCUAAGACUGUCUGUCCUCCCUACAACCCUAAUGAAUGCAUACCCGGAACAGAGACCAUAGCUCCAGAUGGAUGCUGCCAUGUCUGUAUUCCAAAGGGUCACCCAUGUAGUGUGUCUACCACUACUGGUGUCCACCUGGAGGUCCAGGGCUGCAUCUCCAAAGACCCUGUCAAUGUCACAUCCUGCAGUGGAGCAUGUGGUACUUUCACCUUCUUUUCCACCAAAAUGAGAUCUUUCCAGCAUACCUGCUCCUGCUGCCAGGAGCUGGCCACAUCUGAGAGGCAGAUCCAGCUCUCCUGCCCUGACAACACUGAGAUCACCUAUAUCUACACCCACAUCGAUGCCUGUGAGUGCCUCAAGACGGAGUGCUCUGUGCUCGGCCGCAGUGAAAUGGUGACCACUCAGUCAAGUAUCAAAUCACGUCGACACAGGAGACAAGGCAAAAACCAGGACUAGCAUAUGCACUGGCCACGUACAAUGAGCAAGAAUUUGAAGGACCAUAACUAAACAUAAAUGAAUCAAUGUCAACUUCAUCUGAAUAUGAAAUUUCUUUUUUUUCUAUCUAAAGCAUUAGCAUACAUAGUUUUAGCUUGAUACGAUUGUAAAUCCACAAAGAUCACAUUAAUAAAGGUUAAACUGUAGCUGCAAAGUGACCCUGCUGUUUAUGUCUUGUACUUAUACAGUAUGUACUUUGGUCAUUUUUGAACAACAGAAUGCCACUGCACAUUUGAUCAUUUUUGGACUAAAUAAUCACAUAUUUGGUCAUUAAAGGACU